GCUUAGAAAGAAAGAGGUGAGCAGCAAGCUACUGCGAUAUCUCCUUUGGCACAUGUGAGCCUUAUUACCUGAAACAGUCUCAGAGUAGAGUUAGGGACCUAGCUCAGACUCUUAUGUUCAGUGAGACCACGCUCAACUCUGCAUAAGGUUCACCAACAGCUUGUGGUGUUUGAAGCAUGGAGUCCCUUUCCCUUCCUUUCCAAAGAGGUCAAGAGAGCCCCGUUUUACAUGUGGAAAGUGAUCUGGUGCGUAAAGGACCACGUCGCAAAAGGGAAUUCAUACCUGAGGAGAAGAAGGAUGCCUUCUAUUGGGAAAAGCGUCGCAAGAACAACGAGGCAGCCAAAAGGUCCCGGGAGAAGAGGAGGUUGAAUGACUAUGCCCUGGAGACACAUCUAAUGGCUUUGAAAGAAGAAAACGCCAGACUUAGUGCUGAAUUGAUGGCCAUUAAACUUCACUUUGGUCUGUCCCAAUCCUCAGCCUACACGGCUCACCAAAGCAACCAGCUACAUCCCCACAGUAGCACCACACCCAGCACCUUUCACCAAUCCCUGCAGGGGAACUCCUACUGGGGUGCCAGAGAUUCUUCUGUUGUGUCGGGCCAUCAGUCUUUCAACCCAUUUUUAGUCCCUGCAUACUCCCUUCACACAUUGAGGGGAUAUUCUUACCUAAACAGAUCUGGUACUAGUGGAUCUAGUGUUCUAGCUCCUCUUGUCCUUCCUCAAAAUCUACUGCCACCCUAUACACCCUUUCCUGGCGUUCCUCUUCUGAAGCCCUUUCCCAACCGAGCUACUUCUGAUGAAGAGGAGGAGCAACAGGUACCGGGGGUGCUGCACGGAUCCGCUCCACAUCACAAAGCUGGCACAAGGAGAGACAAAUCUUCUCCACAAAGGCAAUACAUCUCAGACUGACAAGUAAAGAGGGAUUAUUUGAACUUCAGUGAAACUUACUUGUUACAAGGCUAUUUUUAACUAACAUCUUUGAAA